CAUAGCAAGAAGAAUCCAACCUUUUUCAAGUUCAUAUACAGCUUUACACGACAUGUCCAAGGUUGUUUUUGUAUCAAACUAUGUAGAAAAUCACAUCAUGUCAUAUAUCUUAUUAUUCUCAAAAGAAUAUCAAUAGGUAGAUGCCCUUGUUAUUGUCUUCAACUAGCAAUGACUAAUUAGGUAUAUUGAAGAUAGAAAUGAGUCUCAUGAUUCAUUUCCACUCCUAAAUUUUCCAUGCCAUAGCUACAAUACUUCUUUCAAUCUCAACUUCAUGAUGAGGUUUCCCCUUUUUGUUCCUCAACUUAUUACUUUUUCAGUUCUUGCAAUGGCUCAAGAAGGACCUAAAGGGGAUAAUGAAGUCCAAAAUAAAUCUUCGGACGAUAAAAACAACAACAAUUCCAAUCUUUUAUUAUUAAUACUCAACGUUGUUCUUCUUCUUGCAAUUAUAUUGCUAUUGAUUCUUUACUAUAACACAUCAAAAAAGCUCAAUAGAAUAGUCAAAGGACACAUUAACACAUUUCAUGAACAAGAGAAAGAUGUUGAAACAAGUAUUGAGAAGAGGAUAGAGAUAGGAGAAGGAACAACAAUGAUGACAGUAGAAGAGAGAAAGGAGUUAAUGUUCUUUAAAGAUGAGACAAAAUUUCAAAUGGGAGAACUUCUUAGAGCUUCUGCUGAGGCAUUAGGUCAUGGAAUUAUGGGAAAUAGUUAUAAGGCAAUGUUGAAUAAUGGACCUACCAUUGUUGUAAAGAGGUUAAGGGACUUGAAACCAUUCACUAAGGAGGAAUUUGCAAAGAUAGUGAAAAUGAUUGCUGAUCUUAGACACCCUAAUUUAUUGCCUUUGCUUGCUUACUAUCAUUCCAGAGAGGAGAGGCUAAUGCUCUAUAGAUAUGCACAGAAUGGAAACCUUUUCUCACGACUUCAUGAUGGAAGGGAUGGAAACAGGGUUCCAUUCAAUUGGAACUCAAGAUUAUCAGUGGCAAGAGGCGUGGCUCGAGCACUAGAGUACCUUCACCUUAACAACAAGUUCCAUAACAUUGUCCCUCAUGGAAAUUUGAAGUCUUCAAAUGUACUAUUUGAUGAAAAUGAUUCAGUUCUUGUAUCUGACUUCAGCCUUGCCUCGUUAAUAGCACAACCAAUUGCAGCUCAACAUAUGGUUGUUUACAAAUCACCUGAAUAUGGUUAUGCAAAAAAAGUUACAAUGCAAUCAGAUGUUUGGAGUUACGGAUCACUUUUAAUAGAACUUGUAACUGGGAAAGUUUCUAUGUGCUCAGCUCCACAAGGGACUAAUGGUGUGGAUCUUUGUAGUUGGGUUCAUAGAGCUGUGAGAGAAGAAUGGACUGCAGAGAUAUUUGACAAAGAAAUAUCUUGUCAAAAGAGUGCUCUUCCUGGGAUGUUAAGGUUGUUGCAGGUAGCAAUGAGAUGUAUUGAGAGGUUCCCAGAGAAACGUCCUGAGAUGAAAGAGGUAGUUAGAGAAGUGGAGAAAAUACAACAGGUACACUUGAUGUCCGAAGACGAGGAUGAUGUUUCUUGUGAUCAGUCUCUAACUGAUGAUUCCUUUUCAACUAGUAACUCAGGGAUUUUUGUUGAAAGAUAGAUAGGUUGAUAGAUAGAUGAUCAAAUUAAGGUUGGAUGUCUAAACCUAUAACAUGUUCUUUUUGUUUUCGACAUCAGGGUACAGUGCACCAAAAGAAUAAAGUUACAUACUUCUAUAUAAUGUUUGUUUCUGUCUCAAUAUGAAGACUUAAACCCGUUUUUAAUUUAGCAUUUAAUUAUAUGAGAAGAAUAAAAGAUAUAUGAUCAAAUGCAGCUCAUGUGU